UACAUGUACGAAUAAUAGUCUGCUCUCGUGCUCUGCUCUCAGACGGCACUUACCCUUUACGCUUCCUGACUUUUUUGCCUCGUGCAGAACCGCAGAACUUUUUUUCAACUCCUUUACAUUGUCAAUCAAGUCUUUAACACGCCAAAUGGCAAGAAUAGUUGUAGCAAAAUUUCAAUCUUUGAAAGAACCUGUUCUCGUAAAAAAACUUGUAAUUCCUGCACAUGAUCCAAAAAGAUCUGACGUUGAAGUUUUCAAAGAACUAUUGCUCAAGGAAAUGCUGGCAGACAUGACUGUUCGUAUCCUAGGGGGUAACGAAAAGACAAAUCUUGAAGACAUUUCAGUUCUAAAAUAUGACGAAGAUAUUGAUACAGAAGUAGACGUACAUAUGAACGACAUAUUUGGUCAAAUUGAACGAAGUAUUCUCGUCAAAUUGAGAAAUACAGAAAUGAGAAAGUCUCAUGUUACUAGGAUAGAUGAAUUUUUGGAGAACAGUAGAAAUCGGAAGCGGAAGACGGCUGCCGAUGUCAGUGAUGAAGAUACAUCACUUUCAUCAACAGACGAUACUGAACAAAGCACUGACUUUGUCUAUUCUAGUUCCGAUGCAAACGCUCAAUAUCUCUCGACAAACAAAAUUAAGAAAAGAUAUAUGAAAAAGAACGUUACCGUCAAGAAGAAGUGCGUUAGAAUUGCGAAAAGACCCGAAAGUGAAUAUUCACGUAACUGCGACUCUUUAUCAAUGGAGCCCAAAGGGCUAAGUGUGAUGACAGCAGAUGAGAAGCACGAAGAACAUCCCAGCUUCAUCAUACUAUUUUUGAUAAUUGUUGUCCUUCAUCAACGCUGCCCAAAAGUCUAG